CCAUGCUUCUGGAAUAUCGAUGUUACGUGGAUGGUCCGCUCACCCCUGAUGAGCCUACCGUUCGCACGCGUGCGGAGAGAAUGAUUAGGCACUUGAGCAACUGGGCAACACUGAAAUGGGAAAAGCUGGAGAUCCUUGUCCCCGUCGAUGAGAGCGGACGCUCGGGUCUAUGGAAGCUUUCCGACGGCAUCCUUGUGCUGGCUGCCCGUCAUUCGUUACAGUGCAUUCGGCUUCCUUCUCCAUUGAAAGGCAUUGAAUUCAAGAGAUGGGAACACAGAUUCCCUGCUGUCACUGUCCACGAUAUUUCUUUGGAUCCCUCCCAGGAUCUCGUCAUCAUCAAUUCCUUCUUUUUGAGUGAAGAUGCCUUGGAAAUGAGGGACGAUGACGUCGUGGGCCGAACCAUAGUUUCGCGUUUCCUGUCUCUGGAAUCUGGCAGUGCCCAUCCUUUGGCACAGUCUCCUACUUUAAAAUCACAGUCCUCUUCGUUUCGCCGAGGCGGAAGACUAGAAUCCCAAAUUUCAGGUGACAUGUAUGGAAUACUUGUCCUAGAAAUCUCGGGAACCUCGAGUGAAUUACUUGCGUAUCAGUGGAAAUCUGCCAGCUUGAAAUCCGCGCUACGUUUCCAGGGUUAUGCAAAGUCCUUUGCUUUCUUUUCAGAAAAUAUCGUGGCUUUGUGUUUCCAGAGUGAGCCUGGAUGUCCCCCUUCUGUUACUUUGUUCAAACUCGGCGUCCCCUCUGGAACGUCGGGAUAUACGGUGCUCGCGAACUUUCUAUUUCCUACAGUGUUGGGUGAGCUUGAGUCGUAUUUCCACAUAUCUUGUCUCUCCCCUCGAGCCUCAGGUAGCGACCUGAAUGCAACGCCGCACGGUCUCCAUCCUUCCUACUCUCCCGAAAACCAGAUGGUUUCCAUAUUGUGGAGACUAUGCCGAAUGUCGCCCAGGCGAACAUCACUCAUCACGAGUCGGGAUUUAUUCGUAUAUGUUCCAUUACAUCGGUUAUUGCUACUUUCACGCCUGGAUUGUGCCAAUCCAGGAGCAGAUAGAUCCAGUACCAACGAUGAUCCCAUUCUCAGCAUACCCUGGGAAGAAUGGGGCGAAAAGUAUGCAUACGUAAAAGAUGUUCCUUUUGUUCUACAAAGAGGGGAUGGUUCUCAUCACCAAUGCGAAGAUGAGUUCAGACGUGGGUUAUUCCUCGGCCGCGGCCCUAGUUGGGGAAGAUUUGGUUCUGCCGCGUACGGUAAACGUUGCGUCACGGCCGAUUUUAAGAUGGGCAUAGUUGCUGUACUCGACUUUGUUUCUCCAGAUAAAUUUGCUCCUGUCUGGGUGGAUUACGACGACAAGGGGGACCUCGUACGACGAGAAUAUCCCUGGGAUGAAAUGUUCGUCUCUGACGAAUGUGUCCUUCCUAUGGGCGAGGUCUUUGGGCUGCAGGAGUAUUCCAUGAGGACGAGGAUGAGGUAUUCGACACGUGCGAAAGUUUGGAGCGAUGGCGUGCCGAACUCCGGGAAAUCGAAACUCAUGAUCGACGCUGAACAUAUCGUCUUAUCUGAGACGUCUCCGACAUCAAGUACCAUGCUCACCGUUCUUACCAUGUAAUAUGUUCGUUGUGGAAUGGUCAAAAUUGAGUUUGCGUCAUUUGCACAAG